AUUGACCAGCAGCAACAACACCAGGCGCAGCAGAGUGUGAAAAAUGGAAGGCACGUGAAUGGCACAGCGUCGGCCCUAUGCAGACCUGCAGUGGGAGCAGACGCCUGCUCACGAUAGCAGCCAGACGCAUCGUCAGGCCCAUCCCCAGGGAGAGCCGGCCCAUGCCUCCAGCUACGUGCCCCAGCCAGAUUACACGGAGGCUGAGGAUGAUCUCAUCAACCCCAAAAAGCUCGUUAAUCCAGUGAAAUCCUCCAAAAGCCACCAGGACCUCCAUCGAGAACUACUCCUGAGUCACAAACGAGGUGGGGUGAGUGUGGAAGCCAAGCCUGAGCUGCAGCGCGUGCUGGAGGCCAGGAAGAGGGAGCAGAUGAUCAAACAGAGAAAAGUGGAGGAUGAGGCCCGGAAGAAGGUCUCUCCUCUGGAACAGGAGCUCCAAAAGAGGCACAAAAAGCUGGAAGAGCUGGAUAAGGAGCAGGAGAAGCUUGAGGAAGAGACGGGGAGAGCGCCAGAAUUUGUCAAGGUCAAAGAGAACUUGAGACGCACGUCAUUCCACAGUAAAGGAGAGAAAGAAGUGUAGAGACCAAACUGACAUGCUGGAGACUGCUGGAGGUCAUGCACAUGCAGUGUGAGGACAUUCAGGACUGCUCAAAGACUGGGCACUGGGCUGCAGUGAGACAACCGCCGGGCACUCUUCUUCCUGCUGUAAGGACUACCUGACAGUCCGCAUAUGACUUCACUAUCACACUGAAAGACUGUAUACAGGACUGAUGCUUAGCAGUGGUCAGGCCGUAUGAGGUUGUGACAGGAUAGAGAAUGUGAGGAAGUGGGGAGCUCGCCAUACAGUAAAAUAUACACACAGAAAGGGUUUGGUAAAUGUCCAAUUUCAAUACCCAAAUGAUCUCUGCAUGUCAGACAGUGUGCCUGUAAACUGUUAAGCAUUAUAACCAGAUUCAGUGUGUAAGCUAAUGUGAGCGGAUCAUUAUUUUGGGGCAUUUUGUGGUGAGAUGUCAUCAUUGGUCUAAGAGCGGUGCGGCUGAAAGAGCAGGAAAGAGAGAGAGAGAGAGAGAGAGAGAGAGAGAGAGAGAGAGAGAGA